CCUGCCCCCUCGGGCCCUGCCUUACUGGGAAUGGUCUCCUGGCUUUGGGUACUUCCAGGAAGACGGGGGUGAGGGUGGCUGCAGGCAUCUCGGCGAAGGAGCAUCCUGAGGUCUGUAGGGGAGGUGGGUCCCAGGCUCCAGGCCCACUUCGGUCUCCUGCCCCGCCCACCAGCCGACCCCCGCCCCCACUCCCCUCCCUGCCCGACGGGGUUCCGUCGGGCCUUUCAAGGAGAAGCCGGCUGCUCCUCCCUCAGGAGGCAGGUACUGGCUCAAGAGCCCGGUCCGGGGCGGGGCGGGGCGGGGCGGGGGUCCCCUCUGGUGGGGCGUCUCCGUGCGUCCUUGGCGCUGGCGGGCGCGGGAGUCGCGGGCUGAGCGCCCCGGGCUGGUGACGCAGAGCGCGCUGCGGGCGACGCGGACCGCGCGCGCGGGACGCACGCUCGGCGAGACAUGCGGGCGGCCCCGCGGGGCCAGCUGGCGCUCCUGCGCAGCGGCGCGGGUGACGCGGGGACACGGGCCGGCUCCGAGCAGCAGCCCUCCAUGGUGUGUUUCCAGAACCUUCGGCCUCACGAGCUGGAGUAAAGGCUGUCCUGAGGGAGGGAGGAGACCGUGGCAGCUGGAGUGGAGGCAGCCCUCACGAUGGAGGCCCCCACCCUGAGGAAAGCCGGCUCCAAGCAGGAGGAGGCCUUUGGGGCGCAGCCCCGCAGGGUCGCUGACCUGGGCACGGUCCCCAGUCUCCGGCGCAGCAACAGCAGCCUGCGCAAGGUCAGGAGGUCCCAGAACCUCUUUGGCAACAGUGAGAAGCAAGAAAAUCUCAGUUCGUGGAUCCCCGACAAUAUCAAGAAGAAGGAGUGCAUGUACUUUGUGGAGAGCUCCAAGCUGUCUGAUGCUGGGAAGGUGGUGUGCGAGUGCGGCUACACACGCCAGCAGCACUUGGAGGAGGCUACCAGGCCCCACGCUUGGCAGGGCAAGGAUUGGGACCCAAAAAAGCAUGUCCAGGAGAUGCCAACGGACGCCUUUGGUGACAUUGUUUUCACGGGCCCGGGCCAGAAGGUGGGGAAGUACGUUCGCCUCUCCCAGGACACACCCCCCAGCGUGAUCUACCACCUGAUGACCCAGUAUUGGGGCCUGGACGUCCCCAACCUCCUCAUCUCGGUGACAGGCGGGGCCAAGGACUUCAACAUGAAGCCCAGGCUGAAGAGUGUCUUCCGAAGAGGCCUGGUCAAGGUGGCCCAGACCACAGGGGCCUGGAUCAUCACCGGCGGCUCCCACACGGGUGUGAUGAAACAGGUGGGCGAGGCGGUGCGUGACUUCACGCUGAGCAGCAGCCACAACGAAGGAGAAGUCGUCACCGUCGGAGUGGCCACGUGGGGCACCGUGCACAACCGUGAAGACCUGAUCCACCCCUCGGGCGGCUUUCCUGCCGAGUACGUCAUGGACGAGGAAGGCCAAGGGCACCUGACCUGCCUGGACAGUAACCACUCCCACUUCAUCCUUGUGGACGACGGGACCCACGGCCGCUACGGGGUCGAGAUUCCCCUGAGGACGAGGCUGGAGAAGUUCAUAUCAGAGCAGACAAAGGAAAGAGGAGGAGUGGCCAUCAAGAUCCCCAUAGUCUGUGUGGUGCUGGAGGGGGGACCGGGCACACUGCACACCAUCUAUAACGCCAUCACCAACGGCACCCCCUGCGUGGUGGUGGAGGGCUCGGGCCGCGUGGCCGACGUCAUUGCCCAGGUGGCCGGCCUGCCCAUAUCUGAGAUCACCAUCUCCCGGAUCCAGCAGAAGCUGAGUGUGUUCUUCCAGGAGGUGUUUGACACCCUCACUGAGAGCAGGAUUGCGGAGUGGACCAAGAAGAUCCAAGACAUUGUGCGGAGGCGGCAGCUGCUGACCAUCUUCCGGGAAGGCAAGGAUGGCCAGCAGGACGUGGACGUGGCCAUCCUGCAGGCCUUGCUGAAAGCCUCUCGGAGCCAUGACCACUUUGGCCACGAGAACUGGGACCACCAGCUGAAGUUAGCGGUGGCGUGGAACCGCGUGGACAUCGCCCGGAGCGAGAUCUUCACCGACGAGCGGCAGUGGAAGCCUUCAGAGCUGCACCCCGUGAUGACGGCCGCCCUCAUCUCCAACAAGCCCGAAUUCGUGAAGCUCUUCCUGGAGAACGGGGUGCGGCUGAAGGAGUUCGUCACGUGGGACACCCUGCUCUACCUGUACCAGAACCUGGACCCCUCCUGCCUGUUCCACAGCAAGCUUCAGAAGGUGCUGGCCGAGGAGCCGGAGCGGCCGGUCUCCGCGCCCCCCGCCCCCCGUGUGCAGAUGCACCACGUGGCUCAGGUGCUCCGGGAGCUGCUGGGGGACUUCACGCAGCCGCUGUACCCCCGGCCCCGGACCGGCGACCGGCCGCGGCUCCUGCUUCCCGUGCCGAACAUCAAGCUAAACGUGCAGGGAGUGAGUCUCCGGUCCCUCUACAAGCGUUCACCAGGCCACGUGGCCUUCACCAUGGACCCAGUCCGUGAUCUUCUCAUUUGGGCCAUCAUCCAGAACCGUCGGGAGCUGGCAGAAAUCAUCUGGGCACAGAGCCAGGACUGCAUUGCCGCGGCCUUGGCCUGCAGCAAGAUCCUGAAGGAGCUGUCUAAGGAGGAGGAGGACACGGACAGCUUGGAGGAGAUGCUGGCGCUCGCUGACGAGUAUGAACACAGAGCCAUUGGGGUGUUCACCGAGUGCCACCGGAAGGACGAGGACCGAGCUCAGAAGCUGCUCACCCGCGUGUCGGAGGCCUGGGGCAAGACCACCUGCCUGCAGCUAGCCCUGGAGGCCAAGGACAUGAAGUUCGUGUCUCACGGAGGCGUCCAGGCCUUUCUAACCAAGGUGUGGUGGGGCCAGCUCUGCGUGGACAACGGGCUCUGGCGGGUGAUCGCGUGUAUGCUGGCCUUCCCGUUGCUCUAUACCGGCCUCAUCUCCUUCAGGGAGAGGAGGCUGCAGGCCGGGCCGGGUCUGCCCCGGGUCCGAGCCUUCUUCAAUGCCCCCGUGGUCAUCUUCCACCUCAACAUCCUGUCCUACUUUGCCUUCCUCUGCCUGUUCGCCUACGUGCUCAUGGUGGACUUCCAGCCCACACCCUCGUGCUGCGAGUACCUCAUUUACUUCUGGCUCUUCUCCCUUGUGUGCGAGGAGCUGCGGCAGCUCUUCUAUGACCCUGACGAGUUCGGGCUGAUGAAGAUGGCCCUCCUGUACUUCAGUGACUUCUGGAAUAAACUGGACAUCGGUGCCAUCUUGCUGUUCAUAGCAGGACUGACCUGCAGGCUCAUACCAGCGUUGCUGUACCCCGGGCGCAUCAUCCUCUCUCUGGACUUCAUCAUGUUCUGCCUCCGGCUGAUGCACAUUUUCACCAUCAGUAAGACACUGGGGCCCAAGAUCAUCAUCGUGAAGCGGAUGAUGAAGGACGUCUUCUUCUUCCUCUUCCUGUUGGCGGUGUGGGUGGUGUCUUUCGGGGUGGCCAAGCAGGCCAUCCUCAUCCACAACGAGAGCCGGGUGGACUGGAUCUUCCGGGGGGUCGUCUACCAGUCGUACCUCACCAUCUUCGGCCAGAUGCCGGCCUAUAUCGACGGUGUGAACUUCAGCCUGGACCAGUGCAGCCCCAACGGCACAGAUCCCUACAAGCCCAAGUGCCCGGAGAGCGAUGCCGUCCGGCACGAGCCUGCCUUCCCCGAGUGGCUGACGGUCAUCCUGCUCUGCCUGUACCUGCUCUUCACCAACAUCCUGCUGCUGAACCUCCUCAUCGCCAUGUUCAACUACACAUUCCAGCAGGUCCAGGAGCACACGGACCAGAUCUGGAAGUUCCAGCGUCACGACCUGAUAGAGGAGUACCAGGGCAGGCCCCCCGCGCCGCCCCCCUUCAUCCUCCUCAGCCACCUGCAUCUCUUCAUCAAGAGGGUGGUCCUGAAGAUCCCCGCCAGGCGGCGCAAGCAGCUCAAGAGCAAGCUGGAGAAGAACGAGGAGGCCGCCCUUCUGUCCUGGGAGAUCUACCUGAAAGAGAGCUACCUGCAGAACCAGCAGUACCAGCAGAAGCAGAGGCCGGAGCAGAAGAUUCAAGACAUUGGCAAUAAGGUCAGCACCAUGGUGGACCUGCUGGAAAUGGAAAGUCUGAAGCGCUCAGGCUCCAUGGAGCAGAGACUGGCCUCCCUGGAGGAGCAGGUGGCCCAGACGUCCAGAGCGCUGCACUGGGUCGUGAAGGCCCUGAGGGACGGUGGCUUCGGCUCAGAGGAGGGCAUCCCCGCCCCGGCACCCCAGAAGGCCUCAGAGGGGCAGGACCUCGAGCCGGACGGCAGACAGGAGGAGGAGGAUGUGGGCGACACCCACCACGUGAACGCCCGGCACCUCCUGUACCCCAACUCCCACGUCACCCGUUUCCCCGUGCCCAACGAGAAGGUGCCCUGGGAGACGGCGUUUCUCAUCUACGACCCGCCCUUUUACACAGACGACAGGAAGGACAGGGGCUUGGUGGACCCCGUGGGAAACGCCCUGGAGCCUCUGUCUGGGAUCAGCUACAACGCCGUGGACGGACCCAUAGACCGGCGGAGCUUCCACGGGGUCUACGUGGUUCAGGACGGGCUCCCUCUGAACCCCAUGGGCCGCACAGGACUGCGUGGACGUGGAAGCCUCGGUUGCUUUGGACCCAACCACACGCUACAGCCUGUGAUCACCCGGUGGAGGCGGAACCAGGAUGGAGCCAUCUGCAGGAAAAGCAUAAAGAAAAUGCUCGAAGUGCUGGUCAUAAAGCACUCUCUCUCAGAACACUGGGCCUUGCCAGGGGGCUCCCGGGAACCAGGAGAGAUACUGCCCCGGAAGCUGAAGCAGGUCCUCCGUAGAGAGUUCUGGUCUUCCUUCCAGAACUUGCUGACGCAGGGCACAGAGGUAUACAGAGGGUACGUGGACGACCCAAGAAACACGGACAACGCCUGGAUUGAGACCGUGGCCAUCAGCAUCCACUUCUCAGACCAGAGCGACAUGGACCUGAAGAGGCUGAACUCUCACCUGCAUGCCUGUGACCCCGGGAUGUCCAUCCGAUGGCAGGUCAUGGACAGGCGCAUCCCGCUGUAUGCCAACCACAAGACCAUCCUCCAGAAGGUGGCCACUCUGUAUGGGGCUUUCUACUGACCCGUGGACUCUGGCCGGGCCCCGAUGCCCGGGGCGGGUGAGGCUGGUCUACCCACAGCCCCCUUGGAAGCUCGGCUGCCAGGGACUCAGGCCGAGGCCGGCCACCCAAGGCACGGGCCGCCCUGGGCCUCGGAUGGGCAAGGGGCUGCUGCUGGGACACCUCGCGGUGUGGUCUGGGAAUCUGCUGCUUCUCACAGCCACCUCGAGUCACUGAGCAGACGAGCCUGUGAAUUGGAGGGCGUCAGGGCGCCCUGGGAGGAGAGCCGAGGCAGGGCACGGGCCGGCUCUGGUCACACGGCCAUUCCUCACGGCUGGCGUGGCUCCUGGGAUCCCGCCAGCCAUGACUGCCCCUGGCGGCCUCAGCCCUCAGCCCAAGUGACUCCCUCCUGGUCACGUCGUGAGCAGCUCGCCCACCACCAGAUGUGCAUUGGCCCAAGGCCGGCAUUUCCUGCACAGUUGGGACUGUGGCCUUGUCCUGGAGCCCACACCCCAGAGGUGGCACCCACCGUGACUUCACUCGGACCCUCACCUGCCCUGGGGUGGGGCCCCGUGGGAGCCUCAGUUCACGGCCCUGGCCUCUCAGGGCUGAGCCCCUUUGAGGGUCAAGACCCAGGCGAGCACACGCCUUCUCUGGGGGUCAAAGUGUGUCUGCCUCUGUGCUGUCCUGGGGAUCCGGGCAGGGGCUCUCCACGCACAGCACUCCCUGUGAGCCCAGGGUGGGGCAGGCGGUGGGCCUAGAUGGUGGGGGGGCCGCUCUGCUCAGUGUCCAUGACUCUCAAGCCAUCGGCAUAAACCGCCAGCAGUCAUCAGGGCCAGGAUAUCGUAAAACCCAACAUUAAAUCUGUUGCCCGUACCAGCCCGGCCAGCCUCUCUGUGUUCCCUACAGACAAAGUUACAGACAUGGGCAGUGGUCAGGGGGCUGUGUCUGGGCCACUGAGACCUCUUCCGGCCCGCGGCCCAGCUGCCUGUGGCCCGAGGGGGUCUCCUGUGGCCAUCUCCCCCCGGGUUCCUCCCCUUGGACACCCUGCAGGCUCCUCGGGCCCAGACCGGUCCACCCCCACCGGCCCCCCGUUUUUCAUUCUCCUGGACCCGCCUCCAGCAUGGCCCCUGGUGCCCAGGCUGGGACUUGGCAAGGCCACGCCCUGUCCGUGGCUGCCCACGCCCAGGUGUGGGGGGGCCUUGGUUUUUUAUCUAGACUCCCAACUAGCAUCCGACUGGCAGCACCGAAUAAAAACAUUUUAGAAUGGAAAGACUCAGAAAAUGUGUCGCACGUGCAUCCUUUCUGAAGGAUCUUCGUUUUUAUUUUAUUGUUUACUUAUUUAUUUAUGAAUAUAAUUUAUUGCCACGUUAGCUAACAUACGGUGCAUGCAGUGUGCUCUU